AUGUCUGUGGCAUACCAUGGAUCAGACAAUGGACAACCAGUUUUGAAGAGGUCAUCCAUUGACUCGAGUGUUGAUAUCUUUGGGUAUUCAACGAAAUCCCUUUCGUUUCCACUAAUUAUCGUUCAGUUAUUCCUCUCGUGUUUUGCGGACUCUACUCAAGACAUCACUUCCAAAAUUCCUGAAAAAUGUUGUCCCAAAACAAGCGCCUCAUUUCUCUCGAAACUGACGUUUUCAUGGUUCACACCAAUGAUUAUGAAAGGCUAUCGCAAACCACUGACCACUCAAGACAUGUGGACACUGGAGGACAAGAACCAGACCUCUGUUUGUGUCGAAAGAUUCAACAGAUACUGGAAACCAAUCGCUCAAAAUAAAGACCAAGAGCAUAUUAAUAUUUUGAUACCCAUUUUGCGUACAUUUUGGCCGACACUUACUGUCAAUUCAUUAAUUAAACUGACGGCUAGUUUACUACAAUUAACGCAACCCUUACUACUCGACCGACUCUUAACAUACUUGACAUCGCAAGCAAGUGAACCCGAGUGGACAGGCUAUUCGUAUGCCGUACUAAUGUUUGUGUGCCCUAUGAUGGCAUCAAUAUUGGACGGCCAGUACGAGUACCGGCAAAAUGUGGAUUCAAUGCGAAUUAAAUCAUGCAUAGUAUCCAAACUAUAUGAAAAGUCCAUAAUGUUGUCGAGUAGUGGGCGUAAAGAGUUUACGAGUGGUGAGAUUAUAAACCUCAUAUCAGUGGACAUGGGUCGGGUACACUUUUUCUUGAAAAUGUACAACACUUUAUGGCUGAGCCCCAUACAGAUAUGCGUAUCCAUAGCGCUGUUGUGGAAACAAUUAGGUGUGUCCAGUCUGGCCGGCAUUGCCUUUAUGGCAACUAUGAUACCCAUAAACACCAUGAGUAACAAUAAACUGGACAGCCUUUGGACACAACUACUCGAGUGGAAGGACAAGAGGGUUAUGGCUAUCAAUGAGAUACUAAACAACAUUAAAGUAAUAAAAUUAUACGCUUGGGAACAGGCGUUUAUGGAUAAUGUGCACAAAUUAAGGGAACAGGAGACUAAUGUUCUAGAUACUUAUAUCAAGUCUAGCACUUGGACUUCAUUCACAUUGAACGCCAGUGGACUUAUUGUAAGUGUAUUGAGUUUUACGGCCUUUACAUUCAGCUCCGACCAGAAUAUUCUUGACGCAAAUAAAGCAUUUGUUUCGCUUUCAUUAUUUACUAUAAUAGUAAUCAUUCGCAGAAUAAAUAAAUAUUUAAACGGCAAUGAAGUCAAUGAUAAGUUUAUUACAAAUGAAGUCAAUGAGAAAAAUCCUAUUAUUGUGAAAAAUGGUUCAUUCAAAUGGGAUAAGGAAUCCAAUGAUAAAAUACUCAAAAAUAUUAAUUUAAUUAUUGAGAGAAACUCUUUGGUGGCAGUCGUGGGUCAGGUCGGGGCUGGAAAGUCAUCCCUACUGUCGGCACUAUUGGGAAAUAUGGAGAAAACUAGUGGCGAAGUAAAUAUCAGCGGAACGGUAGCCUAUGUUUCACAACAGGCGUGGAUUCAAAACACUACUCUCAGACAGAAUAUUCUGUUCGUUAAUGAAUACAAUCAGAGAUUCUAUGAGAAAGUGUUAGAUUCGUGUGCUUUGAGACCCGAUUUGGAGAUCCUUUUGGCUAAAGAUAUGACAGAAAUCGGCGAAAAGGGUAUCAAUUUAUCGGGCGGACAGAAGCAAAGGGUUUCACUCGCGAGGGCUGUCUAUUCAGACGCCGACAUCUACUUAUUGGACGACCCCUUAAGUGCUGUUGACGCCCACGUCGGCAGACAGUUAUUUGAUGAGACAAUCGGUCCGAAAGGCAUUCUCCGUAAGAAUACUCGUAUUUUAGUGACACAUAAGGCAUCGGUUUUGCCAGAAGUGGACAAAAUAAUUGUCUUAAAGAAGGGACUGAUCUCUGAAUUCGGAUCAUUCAAUGAACUGAUGGCUAAAAGUGGAGAAUUCGCUGAAUUUAUAGCCGAAUAUGUGUUGAGACAGGAGUCGGAAGGGGUGGACAUCGACGACGAGAAAGAGUUGGAAAUGUUAGCAAAACUGAGACAAAGAGAGUCGGAAGGGGUGGACAUCGACGACGAGAAAGAGUUGGAAAUGUUAGCAAAACUGAGACAAAGAGUGAAACCAAUUAUCGAGAGACAAGAAUCGCGUAACUCAUUGGCCAGCGAUGGUCUGGUGCGACGACAGGGAAGUCAUAUCUCGACGACCACUGAUAGCGAAGACCAGAAAAUACCAGAAACUGGAGAACAGAGUCAAGACGUCCUACAAAAUGAUGGGAAACUCAUGGAUGAGGAGAAGCCAGAGACCGGUUCCGUCAAAACCCAUGUCUAUAAGCAGUACUUUCGAUGGGUUGGCGUCCGGUAUCUGAUUGUCAUACUCUUGUCGUAUAUCAUCGCAAACACCGGAGCCGUGGCGUCGGGUCUUUGGUUGAGUAAGUGGUCGGCCGAUGCGCUCGACCCCCAACUCGUUGAUGAUUACAGCCUACGUCUGGUAAGACUGGGUCUGUUCGCUGGGUUUUGUAUCGUGGAAAUGGUGUUCAUAUUCUCAGCCCAACUGUCCAUUAGUCUGGGAUGUAUGGGUGCGGCUAAACGGUUGCACCGGCUUAUGAUGGAGCGUAUGAUGAGAGCACCCGUCGCUUACUUCGAUACAACACCUGUCGGUCGUAUUGUGAGCCGAUUCUCGGAGGACAUGGAGCUUAUAGACAGUGAACUACUGUUUGAUUUCCGUCUAAUGUGUCUGAAAUUUUUCUCACUUAUCGUAUCGAUGGGUAUGAUAUCUCUGGAAACACCGCUUAUUAUGUUAGCCAUACUUCCCAUAAUCGUAACGUACGUCACGUGUCAACGCAUUUAUACCGCGGGUUUGCGGCAAAUACGACGACUCAUAUCGACGUCCAGUUCCCAUAUUAUCAGUCAUUUUGGAGAGACAUUUAACGGCACGUCCACCAUCAGAGCCUACGGAGCAAAACAACAUUUCCUUCGUGAAUCGCACCGUCGUAUCGAUGAGAGUAAUGCCUGCGCCUAUCAAUUGGUUUGUUCCCAGGGAUGGCUCGCUAUAAGACUGGAGCUCUUGGGCUAUAGUAUAGUGUUUUUGUCGGCUCUGUUCGCAGUGGUCUUCCGGGAGACAGUGAGCGCAGGUGUGGCCGCACUGGCCAUCAGUUAUGCCCUCAACAUAACCACUCUUAUCGAGAAGUUUAUUUUCGGUGUCACAGAGACAGAGACCGAUAUCCUGGCCGUCGAGAGGUGCCUGAAGUUCAUGGAAAUGCCUUCCGAGGCCGAGUGGUUCAACGAUCGGACAAAACCGCCGCCCGAUUGGCCACUAAUGGGAGGAAUAGUGUUCUCCAACUAUAGCACCAAAUAUAGACAGGAAUUGGAUUUAGUGCUCAAAAACAUCACAUUAGAUGUUAAACCGAGGGAAAGGCUGGCAAUAGUGGGCCGAACCGGCGCUGGAAAGUCAUCCCUGGCUUUGGCUCUCUUCCGACUCAUCGAAGCCAAAGAGCUCCAGUCUUAUAGCGAGCCAUCCCUGGGAACAAACCAAUUGAUAGGCGCAGGCAUUACUCUCAUCGAUACGACG